CUUCUCACCUGCAUUUCCUUUCCCUUUUCUCCUCCCCCUCCCCUCCCCUCCCCUCCUCUCUCCCAUCACCAUCUCCAUGCCCCUCUUCCGCCGCAAGCACAAGCCGUCUGCUGCCGCAUCUGCAUUCCGAUCUGUCGAGCACCUGCCAGCGGCCACCCCUGGCGUCUACCCCAACGACCCGGACGAUCUCGACCGUCGUUUCUCCGUCUCCACCUCCCGCGAGCCUCUGCCUCCGGUGCCUGUCACCAAUACUCCAACAGCCCCUCCAUCCAAUACCACCAUUACCUCGACGCCGACCGCGACACCUCUGUUCAACCACAACAAUAGCAGCAGCAAUAAUCUCCCCCAGGCGCACCAUCCUGCUCAUUACCCUCUGCGCCGCUCCAAGAGCCAGCGGCAUACCAGCAGCCCUCGAGGCAACAACAGCGACGACUCUCCGUCGUGGCCUCUACCAGACGAGCCACUGCAGCCCGUGGAGCCCGAACCUCGCAAGUCCCGUCGCAGUCUAUUCUCCCUCCACUCGUCGGCCAACGCUCGCGACCAAUCCAUUCUCCCGCGCAGCCGAUCGGUGAAGAAGAUCACCGGUCGACCAAACUCAAAACAACAGCGACCGUUGUCGAUAGACACCACGUCGGAACAUCGCCCGACCACGGCCUGGUCGAGGGAGCAUGAAUUAGACGCCCCGUGGCCCAAGGUUCCUCAGCCGCCCCGUCAACCCCCACCGCAACAACAGCAGCAGCAGCAGCCGCUGCCGCCCCAGCUUCAGCCGGGAGCACAGCCUCCGCCCCAGUCCCAAGCUCAGACGCCGACUCGGAGUGCAGCAGACGCUCCGUUUCAGCCCCAGCCGCGGACCCAACCUCCACCCCAACCACAGCCGCAGCCGCCGCCGUCACGGUCUGAAGACCGAUCACCGAUGCCGCCGAGCACAGGACCAGCUCUCGACACCCGAGCUCCUCGUUCACCGCAUCCUUCCAUCCAACGAGCCAACACUGACAGCGGUCUGCUCGACCUGGUUCCCCGUCCCUCACCGGUGGAGCCGUCCCGACCGCCCGCCGACCUGGCCCCAACACAGCCUCAAUUGGACCCCACGGUCGGUGCUCGACCCUCUUCCCGCCAAUCCAUCGGGCCUCCAUCACCAUUGCGCCCACUCCCUGUUCAUCCUGACACCGUGGCGAGUGGCAUGUCCGAACGUCCAUCUGCGCCCGCGGGUCAGUCUCCGGCCCAGGGGCAUGGCCCUUAUCCGGAAGCUGGCUUCCGGAACCCUGGACCGUCUGCUCCGGAGCCAGGGCGGAACACGCCGAUUUCCCGUGACGGACGACGUGAGCCUCGCGAGGAAGCGAGCGAGAUUGAUGUGCGGGCAUUAGUUCAGAAGCAUGACGAACUUCAGGCCAAAUACUCCAAGGUCAAGCGAUACUACUUUGAAAAGGAAGCGCAGGUGCAACAUCUGCAGAAUACUGUAGCCCACCAGCGUAUGGCAGUGUCCCGCACGGUGUUGGACGAUAACGAGUAUGCCAACCGAUUCGGUCGCCUGGACGGGGCCAUCAAGGACCUGGCCUUUGCUGUUCGCAAGGAUUGGGCGACCCUGCCGUCGUGGCUCAAUGGGUAUGUCAAUGACGACGCGCAUACCACCGGCACCAAGGAGAUGACGGCGAUCGGCCGGGCCGUGAUGAGCCGGUGGUUGGUGGAGGAGCUGUUCGAGCGGUACUUUCACCCGGCGCUGGAGCCCACGUUCAGCCGCCAGCUCAAGAGCAUUGAGAUGAAUUUGCGCCGGCAGCAGGUCAAGACAUGCACGGAGGAAGACAAAGAGAACGAGAUCGCACGGAUCUCCAACUGGCGUCGUACAACGCUGGAUGGGCUCACGAACCUCCAGGGCCCGCAGGCGGACGAGUACCGGGCGAAGCUCAUUGACCAGCUGAUCAGCAGCCUGGUGGCCACACUGGUGGCGCACCUGCACGAGCCUCCGCCGCCGGGGCUGGACAACGGCGCGCGGAUGAUUGUGGAGAACGCGGUGGGCAUUGCCGAGAAGAUCCCACUAGAGUCGCGUGACGUGUGCGUCGAGUACAUUCCCCCGGGGACCGUAGUCCAGGAGGGGACGAUGAAGGUGGAGACGGGGCUGCCGCCGCUGACCCAUGUGCGGGCGGAAUCCAGCGGGUCCGUCGAGCUGGAGCGCGGCGAGGGAGGAACUGAGGAGACGGACGAGGGAGGUGAGUCAGGUCCGCCACCGCGGGAGCAGCGCAUGCGAUCGGUAUUUAGCUCGCUGAUGGGACGACGGCCAGGCCCGUCAGCGCCGACGGGGGAGCCGCGGGUGGUGGAAGAGCGCGAACGGGGCCCGGGACGGAUCCGGUUUGCGUCGUUUGUGACGGCGGAGGUGCGAGGACGAGGACCGAUGAAUGUACUGGUGAAGGCGCCUGUAUAUAUGGUGGAGUGAUCGUACGGCGGACUGAGCUUCCGGAGAGUGGAACAUACGAAGUAGUGAUGUAAAUUUGAUGAUCCAUGAAUAUGGGAUAUAGUAUGUUUUCAUUAAUAUUAACUAACUAUAU